AUGGACAAGGCUCGAUCAGACUUAAUUGCGCUAUAUGAACUCGAAACUGAAUUCUUUCAGGAUCAUGUUCGGCACACAAUAUACGGGGGAAAAGAGAAAAAUAGGAGUAAGAAAGUGAAGGAGGAUUGGUUCAACCGCGGGGAGCUCGGCAAGGGGGGUUUUGGAGUUGUCCAUAAGCAGAUCCAAAGGACUACUGGCCGGUAUCGCGCGGUAAAGACGAUUGUGAAGAGGUUACCUACCGAGUUCGAUUAUUCUAGGGAGCUCCUAGCGAUGGCCAUAUUGGCAAAGGUUCGUGUUCUCGCUUAUGAAUUGCGCCCCAGUUUGCCACCCCUACCGUAUCCCGUAUCGUGGUCUAAUUGUUAGCUGUUUUAGUGGCCGUCAUUGUUCAUAGAUUUCCAGGGAUGGUUCGAGGAACCCGAGGCUCUAUAUAUUGCCAUGGAAUAUCUGGAGGAAGGCGAUCUCGCCAAGCAUAUCGGUACACCCCUGCCGCAAGAAACGGUCCGGAAUAUUUCAAAGCAAAUACUGGAGGGCCUGGACAUAAUGCACCAACAAGGGAUAGCUCAUCGGGACCUAAAGCCUGCGGUAUGAUUAUCAUCGCCAAACACCCCGCUUGACCAUAUCGCAUUGCGGAAUACUGACCAAUCCAUAGAACAUUUUUGUAGUUUCUAUGUCUCCCGUCUGGGUCAAACUGGGUGAUUUCGGAAUAUCGAAGCGGAUUCAGGCUCACGAUACUACAACGUUUCACACCCGGGUCUCGACUCCUAUGUAUAGUGCUCCUGAGGUUCUGGGUUUGGACUCCAAUAGCGAAACCUCGGAUUAUACGAACUCAGUCGACAUUUGGUCCCUCGGAUGUGUGAUAUAUGAGUUACUUGUAGGGGAAAGGUUAUUUGUCUCGGACGGUCAAGUAUUACGUUACUACUUGGGGAAGUGGCGCUUUCCCGAUGAUAAACUACGCGGGUUAUCGCCCCCAACAGAUGAUGCCGGAAUUUUGUUGUUAGAAUCCAUGCUCGCAAUACAACCCGAGGAUCGUCCUACUGCGUCGGGUGCGCUGUUGCAUGUUUGGUUG